AUGGCGCCGUAUGUGGAGGAGGUCGCCGAGGCGUCUUUCGCAGUAUCGGCUAAAGUCGCGCCCGAUCUUGUCGCACCCGAACCAGAGCACUGCCCAGGUCCCGAAUCCGAGAAAGCCGGUCAAGGCGACGCCUGUGCCGGCUGUCCAAAUCAACAGAUAUGCGCCACAGCACCCAAAGGCCCCGACCCCGACAUCCCAAUCAUCACCGAACGGCUCUCCCAAAUAAGACACAAGAUCCUCGUCCUCUCGGGCAAGGGCGGAGUCGGCAAAUCAACAUUCUCGACCCUCCUCGCGCAUGCCUUCGCUGCAAACCCAGACUCGACAGUCGGCAUCAUGGACACCGACAUCUGCGGGCCGUCAAUCCCGAAGAUGAUGGGCGUCGAGUCCGAGACCAUCCACAUCAGCAAUGCGGGCUGGAGCCCUGUCUGGGUGACCGACAAUCUGGGUGCGAUGAGCGUGCAGUUCAUGCUGCCCAACCGGGAUGACGCAGUGAUCUGGCGCGGACCCAAGAAGAACGGACUGAUCAAGCAAUUCCUCAAAGACGUGGAUUGGGGCGAGCUCGACUACCUCCUUAUCGAUACUCCUCCUGGGACUUCUGACGAGCAUCUUUCCGUAAACUCCUUGUUGAAGGAGUCUGGCGUUGACGGCGCAGUCGUCGUGACUACUCCGCAGGAGGUUUCGUUGCUAGAUGUUCGCAAGGAGGUGGACUUCUGUCGAAAGGCUGGCAUCAAAGUAUUGGGACUGGUCGAGAAUAUGUCUGGAUUUGUGUGUCCCAACUGCACGCACGAGUCUCAGAUUUUCCGUGCAACGACUGGUGGUGGUCGUCGUCUAGCCAAGAAGAUGGGCAUUCCCUUCCUGGGCGCUGUGCCUCUGGACCCCCGGGUUGGUAUGGCCUGCGAUUUUGGUGAGAGCUUCGUGGAUAACUUCCCGGAUAGUCCCGCGUCCAAGGCUAUUAAGCGUGUUGUACGCUUGGUGGGACAGGCGGUUGGAGAGAAUCCCGAUGAUGUUCUCCCAGAGGACACGACUGAUUAA